CGUCGGAAAGCUUUCUCCAUUUUUUUUUUGUGUUGCCGACAGAUUUGAAAACAUCUGUUACAGUAAUAGUUACAGGAACCGGAGAAGAUAAUCUGCUCGUAAUUUGAAUAGCUUCUUUCUCGCAUUCUCAGUUUCUUUGUAUCGAUCAAAUUCGAUUUCGACCCAAACGAGAAGAUAAAUUCUGAGGAUCUGGCUUCUGUCGCUGUAGCCCUUUCCUUGGUUUGUAGAUCUUCAAUGUGCAUGUUGUUGCAGCGAAGGCAAUUAAUCAAUUACUUAACUGAUAUCUGAAGCUGCUUCAUGCAAAGUUGCGAUGGAUAAAGUAGGGUGUGGUUUCAAGAGCUUCAGAACAUUAUUGGCUGUGGCUUCUAUAACCUUCCCUGUUUUGAUCACGUUUACUCUCAUACACCAGAACUCAGUUUUCGAUCUCGUCCAUGGAUUUAACGAUUUGGCUGCAAGAGCUCACAAUGCUUCUAAUAUUGUCUUGAAACAAGGAACUCAAAAUGCGAUCACUACUAAUGUCGUGCAGGAAGGAGCUCAAAAUGCCUCAAUACAAGAGUUUCAAAAUGCUACAGUUAAAACUGGGGGGGAAAAGGAUCAUAAUGUUAUUCCAGACUCAGCGCCUAUUGAUAAGGUUUUGGAAAACAAAAAUCAGAAUGCCAAGCCUGGAAUCUUAGAAGAACCAGCUCAGACACUACCUCUCUUGGAUAUUGGUCCAAAGAAUAAUUCAUCUGAAGAUGGGGAGAAUGUUUUGUCCCUAUCUACUACCAUCACCAUUUCUAAAGACAAACUCCUUGAUGGGCUUCUGGUUUCAUCAUUUGAUGAAGCAUCAUGCUUUAGUAGAUAUCAAUCUUACUUGUACCGCAAAAGGUCCUCUCACAAACCUUCUGAAUAUCUUAUCUCCAAGUUACGAAAAUAUGAACAUAUUCAUCGAAGUUGUGGACCUUCUACCAAAUUCUACAACAAAAUCAUGAGAAAGGGCACAAAAUUUAGCAAAAAUGAUGUUAGUACGAAAUGCAAAUAUCUUGUCUGGACAGCUGCCAAUGGAUUAGGGAACAGAAUAGUAACCUUGGUUUCAGCAUUUCUUUAUGCUAUCCUUACAGAUCGUGUUCUGCUUGUCAAAUUUGGGACCGAUAUGUCUGGUCUCUUUUGUGAGCCAUUUCCUGAUUCCUCAUGGUUAUUGCCCAGGAGUUUUCCUUAUUGGAAAGAUCAGAAGCAUAUUGAAACAUAUGAAAACAUAUUAAACAAUUUCAAGGUAAACAGUUCACAAGUACUUUUGCCACCAUUUCUUAUUCUUAAUCUACAGCACACCCAUGACCGUCACAAUAAUUUUUUUCAUUGUGAUGGGAGUCAAGAUCUUCUUCAAAAAAUUUCAGUGCUGAUUUUACGGUCAGAUCAAUACUUUGUCCCUUCUCUUUUUAUGAUUCCAUCGUUUAGAGAAGAACUAAGUAAAAUGUUCCCCCAGAAGGACACAGUUUUUCACCAUCUUGGACGUUACCUUCUUCACCCAUCAAACGAAGCAUGGGAAAUAAUUAGAAAAUUUUAUGAGGCACAUCUAGCCAAGGCAAAUGAGAGGAUAGGUCUGCAGAUUAGACUUUUUAAUACUCAUCGCCCACCACAUCAAACUGUUAUUAACCAAAUAGUAUCCUGCACCCUUCAGCAUAAGUUGCUGCCUGAUUUCAACGCACAAAAGUCAGUGGCUUCUCCUCUGAAGAAGACCUCAAAAGUUGUUUUAGUAGCAUCUUUAUUCUCACAAUACGGUGAGAAGCUGAAGACUGUGUAUCAGGCAAAUAGAACUGUGACCGGGGAAGUGAUAAGAGUUUAUCAGCCCAGUCAUGAAGAGCGUCAAAAGUCAAAUGAUGACAUGCACAACAUCAAGGCAUGGACCGAAAUAUAUUUGCUGAGUUUGUGUGAUGCAUUGGUUACUAGCACUAAGUCUACUUUUGGUUAUGUUGCUCAUAGUCUUGGAGGUUUGAAGCCAUGGAUUUUGCAGAGGGCAUAUAAUGAAAGCAUCCCAGAUCCACCUUGUCGACAUGCCAAGUCCAUGGAGCCUUGUUUCCAUUAUCCACCCAAAUAUGACUGUAGGGCCAAUAGCACAGUUGAUUUUACUUCCCUUUUUCAUCAUAUGAAGCAUUGUGAAGAUGUAUCUGGUGGAUUGAAGCUGGUUAAUAGUAAUCACUAGGUAACAAACAACAUGAUGCCAAGCACUGGACAGUUUUCAAUAAUCCCUAUUUGCUCUAAUAUAUUACUACUUUGGACAGUUUUUGAGGUUGUCAAGAACAGAGAGAAAAAGCCCUUCGUUUUGUAAUUUCGUUCUCACUUUUCACUGUUUCCAGUCAUUCAGGGAUCCUAUUUUUAGAUCUUCAGGACGGAGGCUAAAGAUUUAGUUGUGGAAAAAAAAACUUUGCAUCCUAUCUCGUAGGUAUAAUUGAUCUUGUUCUGUCUGUUGUGCUUAUUUGCAAGACAAAUUAAAGUUGAGCAUUUGUGUACCACCAUGUAUGAAAUAUAUGGUUUUGUGCAUCAUUCGACCGAAAUUUUCUGCCAGUGCCAGUUAUAGCAAAUGGACUGUAACUGAUUAGGUUCCUGUUAUCCACAAUGUAGCCUUGUUCUGCGGAAGGGUUGUCUCUGAUCAAACCGGUUUCACCAUAUUGAAUGAGUGGUAUUGGAGGUGAAAUUCUAAUACAUACCAAUGACAACAUCAAGGCUAUUAUUUAUGGAGUUUUUUUACAGCAGGGAUAUGAUGGUGUUGGUCAUCCAUACUCAGAAAGGCCAUUGUAGAUAUAAUUCAAUCUGAGAAGCAUGGUUUGUCGACAGAAACCCGAACAAGGUAUAUGCAUUAUUCAAUAUCGCUAUGACAAACUUCGAUAGUUGAGUCUAGGAAUUCUGAAGGUCUGCCAAUUUUGCUGCUGAACUAUCUCGAGGCAUGUAAUAAUUAGUUUAGCUAGAAUGUUUCUUGCAAAAUACUCCUUUUCCCCCUUGUUUUAACUGUAUGUAUUCCAUAUCUUACAUUAUUUAAUGCUAAAUUUAGGAUUUUUGUUCUAUUUAAACAAUCAAAUUUAGUUGUUAU